CGGGAGGGGACAGGCGGUGGUGGCCCCAACGCUGGUCCCCUGAAGCUCUCGCGCGUCUCCUACUAUGGGAUGCCCAACCUGGCCACCCUCAUCCCCAGCGUCCAACAGGUCCAGUACUCGCAGGGGGAGCGGACGAGCCCUGGUGCCAGCAGCAUUCCCACCACCGACAGCCCCACCUCCUACCACAAUGAGGAGGAUGAGGAGGACGACGAGGCGUACGACACCAUGGUGGAGGAGCAGUACGGGCAGAUGUACAUCAAGUCCUCGGGAGGCUACUCUGUUGCUCAAGAGAAGCCAGAGCAGAUCCCACUGGAGAACCGCUCCUGUGUCCUCAUACGACGGGAUCUAGUUGCUCUCCCAGCCAGUCUUAUCAGUCAAAUCGGAUACCGUUGCCACCCAAAACUCUACUCGGAGGGAGAUCCUGGAGAAAAACUUGAGCUUGUUGCAGGCUCAGGUGUUUACAUCACCCGGGGACAGCUGAUGAAUUGCCACUUAUGCGCCGGUGUCAAACACAAGGUCCUUCUGAGACGUCUUCUGGCCACCUUCUUUGAUCGGAAUACACUUGCCAACAGCUGUGGAACUGGAAUCCGGUCCUCCACCAGCGAUCCCAGCAGGAAGCCCCUGGACAGCAGGGUUCUUAACGCAGUCAAAUUGUAUUGUCAGAAUUUUGCCCCGAGCUUUAAGGAAAGCGAGAUGAAUGUUAUAGCAGCCGAUAUGUGCACCAACGCCCGCCGCGUCCGCAAGCGCUGGCUGCCGAAGAUUAAAUCCAUGCUGCCGGAAGGGAUGGAGAUGUAUCGCACGGUCAUGGGCUCCACCACAAACAGUGUCCCCCUGGAUCCUGAAUUCCAGCCCAACACUGCUCAGGUCUUUGAGCAGCGAAUCUAUGCAGAAAGGAGGAGCGAUUCAGGAACUAUAGUAGCCUUGAGAACUAACACAGUGAACGUAGAGCUAAGCAACGGAUCCAACCAGUCCUUCGAACAGAGCGAGGAUGCCGAAGGGGCUGGCUCUGUCAUACAGGAGGCAGCUGCCACAGAUGCAAUGGCAUCGGAUACCCAAAGCACUCCGCAACCUUUUGAACAAGGUUCGGGCUCCUCCAGCCGGCCUGAAACUCCUGUGAGAAGACAAGAUGGUACUUACGGAGGGACUUUAUAAAGAGAGCAAAUGUUUCGUGACCUAUAAGGGAUCUGUAAUACUAAAGCUGCUUGCAUGCAUUACUAAUACAAAACAAAAAAUGUGAUCAAGCCACUUACCUACUGAACU